AUGAGCUCACGGCCCGAGGCCAAGGCUAAUGGCAGGACCCGGAAGAAGCAGCGGUUUUAUCCGCUGGCCCCAGAGCCGAAGGCCAAACGAGCUCGACCCGAGAAUCCCUCGUUGGGUCUGGAGGCACUUCUGGCUGGGCCGUCUUGCUGGACCUCCGAUGCCGCAGAGGCUUUGGUGGCCUUCGGCCAGAUGGCCAGCUUGGCCAUCGAGGAGGUCCCCAACCUGCAGGAGAUGUGGACAGCCCUGGAGGCUGUGGGCAGCAGCCUCUCCUCUGAUGCCGGCGGAGCAGCGCUGAGGCGUCUGCCGGAUCUGCUGGGUGCUGCUGCCGUGGACGGCGCCAGCGAGGGCUUGCGGUCGCACCUGGAGAAAGGGGGAGCUAUCGAGGCCUUGCCACUUCCCACCCGGGCACAGGGCAACGGCUCGACAUCCUCCGAGGCGUUUCGAUGGCUCCACGAACGCGUUGAAGCCGAGCUGGAUGCUGCCAUCCAAGGAAAGCGAGACAUUCCGUCCCUCCAGUGGUUGGAAACCGUAGCCAUGUUCUAUGGCCGGUUGCGGCCAGGGCCGCCGUUGCCGCGCAACGUCUUGGAGGACUCCGCAGACCUGGCUCUGAGAGCCGUCGAGAAGUGCUCCCCUUUGGAGGGGACGCCUAUGGCCAGAGCCGCAAAAUCAAGGCCUCUGGAUGCCGGCCAGUUGCUUUUGCGGAAGAUCCGCCGGAGUGGCAAACGAGCCAGCCCAGAGCUGCUGGCAGGCGUUGCGUUGCGCGUUGCAGGUGCACUCCAUGGCCUGGCCGGAGACAGGGAGCGCACGGUUCUGCUACGAGGUCUGGCGAAGGUGGUGCAUUGGCAGCUGGCGGUUUCUUUGCUUCGCUCUGCUCAGACCCAAAGACUGAACAGCAAUGUCAAUGUGGUGCACUGCAACACGGUGCUGAGCUCGUGCCAGAAGGCUGCGUGGCCGGUUGGACACCAGUUACUUCGCACCGCCACGGAAAAGCAGCUGCAGCCUGACACCAUCAGCUUCAACACGCUCAUGGCAUCCUGCGAGAGCUGGCACUGGGCGCUGUUCGGUCUCCUGCAGUUGGCGAACGAAGGCAUUGCGAUGGACCUCAUCAGCUGCAACACUGCCUUGAGCAUCUGUGAACGAUGUAGCAGGUGGAGAGAAGCAGUGCACAUCGUUGACGACAACGACUCUUCCUAUGGGGGCCCGGGCAGUCUAACUUUCGACAUCAUCACCUUCAGCACCCUCAUCAGCUCUUGGAACGAGGCUGGGCACUGGCAGCAGGCACUGCAUCUGUUGGAAGAUCUUCCUUCGAGGAGCUUGCGGCUGGACCUCACAGCGCUGAACGCCGCGCUUGCGCUUGGAGGCGCUUGGGCGCUUGCAGUGGAGAUCCUUGAGAGCUCAGGUCAGGCAGCACUGCAGACCGACGAAAUCUCAUGCAACACGGUGACGAGUUGCUGCGAGAAGUCUUCUCGCUGGCUGCCAGCUCUACAACUACUGCGUGCAGCAGGCGGCUCACUGUUGCGGCUGGCCGAGAAUGGCUAUCACGCCGCGAUUAGCGCCUGCGAGAAGGCGCGGAGAUGGGAAGUUUCUCUGGAUAUCACAGAGAUUUUGGCGACGACCGGCCUCGAUCGCGGUAUCUUUGCGUCCGCUGCCAGCAUCAGCGCUUGUGAGAAGGGCAAGCAGUGGCGAGAAGCCUUUGAAGUUUUCGCGAUGGCUGCCGAGCGACUGCUUGAGCUCAACACCGUUGCAUGGAGCGCGUUGGUCAGCUCCUGCGAGAAGAUUGGACACUGGACUCUUGCAAUCACCAUGCUCUCCGAGAUGUUCUCAGAGCAGCUGCCAACGAGCUGCGUAACCUGCAAUGCUGCCAUCAGUGCCUGCGAAUUUGCCCUGCAAUGGCAACUCGCGGUGCAUGGCCUGAGUGCCAUUCACACGCUGCGCCUUUCGCCAGACGUCAUCUCCUGGAAUUCAGCAGCGAGUGCCUGCGAGAAACGAUCCGCGUGGUCACAGGUCUUGAAGAUCUUGGCGGACUUGCCUGGCCAUAGUCGGACGUCGGACGGCAUCACCUGCAGUGCCGCGACCUUUGCCUGCGACCGCGCGAGCCGGUGGCGGCAUGUGCUGGACCUCGCCGCCGAGAUGGCGCGGAGCCAGCUGGAGCUGGACGUGAUUCUCCAGCAAGCGAGGCUUCGAGCAUGUGUCCGAACUUCUUCAAGCCCUCGGCCGAAGGAUCUGUUUGAUGAAAUUGCUGCCACUGGGAUCUCGUCGCUGAGGGACGUGAUGGCUGAGCAGCUGACGAAGCUGAGCCGAGUGGCACUGGGUGCAGCUCUGAGUGGCACACUCGGCUGCCACCCCAUCUAUGGCCGGGUCGCGUCGGCAGCAGCAGCCGCGCUGGAUGGUGGCGAGGCCAGUACUCGCCUCUCCAGCAGCACCAUCCAUGAUGUUUCACUGACAUUGGCGCUGCUGCAGCCUUGGAACGUGGAGACGGAGGAGCAAGUAGCGCGAUUUCGCAGCUCUGUUGCAAAGAACGUGCUGCCCAAAGCCGAGUCUGCCCCUGCGGGAUCAGAGGUGAUCUUUCUCGGGGCCUCCUCCGUGGCAGGAUUGCGAAAUGGUGAGCCCAAAGAGAAUCAGGACACCUUCCAUGCGCACGUGGAUGGAAGUGUGGCUACCAUAGCUGUCGUGGAUGGUCACGGGAAGCGCGGCCAGAUCUUAUCUGCUGCUGCGCGAGACGGAAUCGCCAAAGCGCUGGCGGAGCUCAAGGGCGGCGCGGGCGCGUCGGAAGAAUUGGCCGAGGUCAUCAUGACGGUGGAUGCGGACCUGUUGAUCCACGAGAAGGCCGAGGUGGAAGCAGAGCUCUCCGGUGCGACCUGUGCCGUGCUGAGGGUCGAGGGCUUGGGCCACGCCGAGCGCAGGCUGGCCUUGGCUCACCUGGGGGACUGCCGUGCGGUCUUGGGUCGUGUGCGACCCACCAACGGUACCGGCUCGCUGACCUGGACCACUGUUCGGCUCACAGAGGACCACCGGCCAGGAGAGGCUGCGGAGGCAGCUCGGCUCGUGGCUGCUGGUGGUCGCGUGCCGCGGGCUAAGGCUUAA